AUGCAAUUCUCUUCAACAUUCUUCUCAGGUGCACUGCUUGUGCACAUUGCGUGUGCGGCGGUGGCCCCUAUUCCUCCACCCCCCGGGCCUUAUGGAGUCGCCUUACAAACAGCCGAGCUGGUCAACACUGGGAUGACUGACCCUUUUGCUCCCUCGAAAGAAAAUCGUCGUAUCGUCGUAUCGGCUUUCUAUCCCACAUCGAAGAGCAGAGACUGUCGACAGUCGCAAACUCCGUACAUGCCACCAGCAACAGCCUAUGUCUACGACCAGCUCUAUGGCUCAGUGGGACUGCCAAACGGUACCUUCGAGACACUGGCGUUGACUUUGUGCAGUCCAAAUGCAACCAUGGCAAGACGCAAGCAUACGCCGCACCCUGUUGUCCUGUUCUCGCCAGGGCUGGGAAACUCGAGAUUGAUUUAUAACAGUAUCGCUGCAACCUUGGCUGCUCAAGGCUUUGUGGUUCUGACAGUCGAUCACCCUUACGAUGGCGCAAUCGUUGAAUUUCCCGACGGAAGCUUUGUGCUAGCGGCAAACAUUACCAAUGAUGAGCAGAUCCAGACCUCGUUGGAUGUGCGCAGCAAGGAUAUGCUAUAUGUCAAGCAACAGCUUCACAGUCAUACUGUCACGCGAGAACUCUUCAAUGGACUGUACGGAUACCCCGACCUUGGCAAGGCGUUCCUGUUUGGACACUCAUUAGGAGGAGCAACAGCUGCCGCUGCCAUGCUGGAAGACAGAAAAAUUCUUGCUGGUAUCAACCUCGAUGGGACAUUUUUCGGGGAUGUCAUCAAGAAUGACCUUGAUCGACCUUUUAUGAUAUAUGCGCAUGAAGGGAAGAACCUGUCAACCGACCAGUCCUGGGCAGACACCUGGUCACAUCUGCGGAGCUCAAAGCUCGAGGUGACUGUCAGAGGGUCUGCACAUGGAUCCUACACAGAUUUCCCUCUAUUGUUGGAGGUGCUUGGUCUGCGAGAUCAAUUACCUGCUGAGGUCAGUGAGUCAAUUGGGGCGAUUUCGGGAACUCGAAUGCUCGACAUUUUAUCAACGUCGAUUGCUCCAUUCUUUCGCUUUGCGGGAUGCCAAAACACAGCGGAACAGCUCAAGAGAACACUGUCGCAGGUCUUGGAGAUGGAAACGCUGAAUUCAACAUUUGUGUACCCUCACUGCAAUUCACAUUCAAGCCCUCUUAAGUUCUUUGGAGAAGCUUAUUCUUCUUUGCUUUGA